AUGGCAACAGAUAUCGUUUUGGAAGGAGAUAUUGCGAGUAUUCAACCGGUUGAAGAUCAUGACAGCAAGAAAGAUUCAGAGAAGAGCAAGGAAAAAGAUGAAACAACCAACACAGUACCCUUGUACAAGCUUUUCUCAUUUGCGGAUCCUUUGGAUCGUUUAUUGAUGUUUGCGGGGACUAUCGGUGCUAUUGGGAAUGGAAUCUCUAUACCCUUGAUGAUUUUAAUAUUUGGAAAUUUGAUCAAUGCAUUUGGAGAUUCCACAAGCUCAAAAGUUGUUGAUGAAGUCUCCAAGGUGUCUCUGAAGUUUGUAUACUUGGGAGCAGGCACCUUUGUUGCAUCAUUUUUGCAAUUGACUUGCUGGAUGAUCACUGGGGAGAGACAGGCUGCAAGAAUUAGAGGCUUAUACCUUAAAACAAUUUUGAGGCAAGAUGUGAGCUUCUUCGAUAAAGAGACUAAUACUGGAGAGGUUGUUGGAAGAAUGUCAGGUGAUACUGUUCUUAUUAAAGAUGCCAUGGGGGAAAAGGUGGGACAGUUCAUACAGUUUGUGUCAACUUUCAUAGGAGGUUUUGUCAUAGCAUUCACUAAAGGAUGGCUUCUUACUGUUGUUAUGCUAUCUAGUAUACCACUUCUUGUCUUGUCUGGUGCUAUGACAGGUACGAUAAUUGCAAAAGCAUCGUCGACUGGACAAGCAGCUUAUUCUAAAUCAGCAGGUGUAGUAGAGCAGACAAUAGGUUCCAUCCGAACUGUUGCUUCAUUCACCGGGGAGAAACAAGCAAUAGCUAAAUAUAACCAGUCCUUAAUCAAGGUCUACAAUUCUUCGGUGCAAGAAGCACUAGCAUCUGGUGUGGGGUUCGGAGCACUCUUUUUUGUUUUUAUCAGCAGUUAUGCUUUGGCUGUAUGGUUUGGUGGGAAAUUGAUAAUCGAGAAAGGGUAUACAGGAGGAGAUGUUAUGACUGUAAUUUUUGCUGUAUUAACUGGUUCAAUGUGUCUUGGGCAGACGUCUCCAAGCUUAAGUGCUUUUGCUGCAGGACAAGCUGCAGCCUUUAAGAUGUUUGAAACGAUUAAAAGGAAUCCGGAAAUUGAUGCUUACGACACUACUGGGAGAAAGCUUGAUGAAGUUCGUGGAGAUAUAGAACUCAGGGAGGUUUGUUUUAGUUAUCCUACCAGACCAGAUGAACUGAUAUUCAAUGGAUUUUCUCUUGCAAUACCAAGUGGAACUACUGUAGCUUUGGUAGGGCAAAGUGGGAGUGGGAAAUCCACAGUUGUUAGUUUGAUAGAGAGAUUUUAUGAUCCACAAGGUGGUGAAAUUCGUAUUGAUGGUGUAAACCUCAAAGAAUUUCAACUAAAAUGGAUCAGACAGAAAAUAGGCCUAGUUAGCCAGGAACCGGUUCUCUUCACUUGUAGCAUUAAAGAGAAUAUUGCCUAUGCUAAAGAUGAUGCAACUGAUGAAGAAAUCAGAGCUGUAGCAGAGCUUGCUAAUGCUGCCAAAUUUAUAGAUAAACUUCCUCAGGGGCUAGACACAAUGGUUGGUGAGCAUGGAACUCAGCUCUCAGGAGGUCAAAAGCAAAGAGUUGCAAUUGCAAGAGCAAUUUUGAAAGAUCCAAGAAUAUUACUUCUUGAUGAAGCUACAAGUGCCCUUGAUGCAGAAUCUGAGAGAAUUGUACAAGAGGCGUUGGACCGGAUAAUGAUAAACCGGACAACUAUCAUUGUAGCUCACCGCUUAAGCACCAUAAAGAAUGUCGAUACGAUUGCUGUAAUUCAUCAAGGAAAAAUUGUUGAAAGAGGUUCACAUGUUGAGCUCACCAAAGAUCCUAAUGGAGCCUAUAGCCAGCUUAUUAGGCUGCAAGAAAUGAAGGGAUCAGAACAUAUUCAAAAUGAUGCAAAUGACACAAACAAGUCGAACAGUAUUGUGCAUUCUGGAAGAAUAUCAAGUCAAAGUUCUAUUUCCUUAAGAUCAAUAAUCCAAGGGUCGCCUGGAAACAGCAAUCGUCAUUCUUUCUCAGGAGCAUAUGUUGCACCUGCAUCAGAUGGCUUCUUAGAAACUGCGGAUGGUGGACGUCAAGCUUCUCCUUCAAAAAAAUCUUCACCCCCUGAAGUGCCACUUUAUCGCCUAGCAUAUUUCAACAAACCCGAGAUUUCAGUCUUAUUGAUGGGAACUAUAGCUGCAGUGCUACAUGGAGUUAUAAUGCCUGUUUUUGGGCUCUUACUUUCUAAAAUGAUUAGUAUUUUCUACAAGCCAGCUGAUGAACUUCGUCAUGAUUCAAAAGUUUGGGCAAUAGUGUUUGUAGCAGUUGCCGUGGCAUCAUUACUCGUUAUUCCAUGUAGAUUCUACUUUUUUGGUGUUGCUGGAGGUAAGUUGAUCCAAAGGAUCCGGAAAACAUGUUUUGAGAAAGUUGUUCACAUGGAAGUAAGUUGGUUUGAUGAGACAGAUCAUUCAAGUGGAGCACUUGGAGCAAGGCUCUCUACUGAUGCAGCAUCAGUUAGAGCUCUUGUUGGGGAUGCACUUGGUUUGCUGGUUCAAAAUAUUGCUACAGCAAUAGCUGGCUUGGUUAUUGCUUUUGGCGCGAGCUGGCAGCUCGCUCUCGUCGUCCUCGCUUUGGCGCCUCUAUUAGGACUAAAUGGAUAUGUGCAAAUAAAGGUCUUGAAGGGAUUCAGCGCAGAUGCAAAGAAAUUGUAUGAGGAAGCAAGCCAAGUGGCAAAUGAUGCUGUAGGGAGUAUAAGAACAGUUGCUUCUUUCUGUGCCGAAGAGAAAGUGAUGGAAUUAUAUAAGCAAAAAUGUGACGGACCAAUUAAGAAAGGAAUACGGCGAGGGAUAAUAAGUGGAAUUGGUUUUGGUUUAUCAUUCUUCAUGCUGUAUGCAGUUUAUGCAUGCUGUUUUUACGCUGGAGCUCGACUUGUAGAGGAUGGAAAAUCUACAUUCUCAGAUGUUUUCCUAGUCUUUUUUGCUCUCAGCAUGGCAGCUAUGGGAGUCUCACAAUCUGGGACCUUGGCCCCUGAUUCAUCUAAUGCAAAAAGCGCAGUUGCUUCCAUAUUUGCUAUUCUUGACCAGAAGUCACAAAUAGACCCUAGUGAUGAAUCUGGAAUGACAAUGGAAAAUGUCAAGGGAGAAAUUGAGUUUAACCAUGUCAAAUUCAAGUAUCCUACUAGACCUGAUGUUCAAAUAUUCACAGAUUUUUGCUUGAACAUUCAUAGCGGCAAGACAGUUGCACUUGUUGGAGAAAGUGGAAGUGGAAAAUCAACAGUGAUCUCAUUACUACAAAGGUUUUACGACCCCGACUCAGGUCACAUUACACUUGAUGGAAUAGAAAUUCAAAGGAUGCAAGUGAAAUGGCUAAGACAACAAAUGGGACUAGUAAGCCAAGAGCCUGUUCUUUUCAAUGAUACAGUUCGAGCCAAUAUUGCAUACGGAAAAGAAGGAGACGCAACGGAAGCAGAAAUUGUAGCUGCUGCAGAAUUGGCAAAUGCUCACCAGUUCAUUAGUAGUUUGCAGAAGGGUUACGACACGAUAGUAGGCGAGAGAGGAAUUCAGUUAUCCGGUGGACAGAAGCAGCGAGUGGCAAUAGCAAGAGCUAUGGCGAAGAAUCCAAAAAUACUAUUACUAGAUGAAGCAACUAGUGCACUGGAUGCUGAGUCUGAGAAGGUGGUUCAAGAUGCACUUGACCGCGUUAUGGUGGAGCGGACGACAAUAAUAGUUGCUCAUAGGUUAUCGACUAUUAAGGGUGCAGAUAUAAUAGCAGUAGUUAAGAAUGGUGUGAUAGCAGAGAAAGGAAAACAUGAAGCAUUGCUACAUAAGGGUGGUGACUAUGCUUCUUUAGUAGCAUUACACACACAUAAAGGUGCUUCUUCAUCUUAG